AUGAAGGAGAUAUGUACUGGGCCCUUUACUAGGGCAUUUGCAGCAGAACUUCUGGGCACUUUGAUAUUCGUCUUUUUUGGCAUUGGCUCUGCUUUGAGGUGGCCUUCAGCACUUCCAAGUGUCCUGCAGAUCUCUGUCACAUUCGGCCUGGGUAUAGGUACUCUUGUCCAAGCAGUAGGGCACGUCAGCGGUGCCCAUCUCAACCCAGCUGUGACGGUCGCGUUCCUGGUGGCAUCUCAAAUCUCCGUGUUCCGAGCAAUCAGCUAUAUAUGUGCCCAGCUCUUAGGGGCAGUGGCUGGAGCAGCCUUGCUGUAUGAGUUUACUCCGGAAAGUGUUCAUGGUAGCUUUGGUGUUAAUUCGCCUAGUAACAAUGCCACUGAAGGACAAGCUGUCACUGUUGAAAUCAUCCUAACCCUCCAGCUUAUCCUUUGCAUUUUUGCCUCAACCGACAGACGAAGAAACGACAAUGUUGGAUCCCCAGCUAUUUCCAUUGGGCUUUCCGUUGUGCUGGGACAUCUGGUUGGGAUUUACUUUACUGGCUGUUCCAUGAAUCCAGCUCGCUCUUUUGGGCCUGCAAUGAUUGUCGGAAACUUUGCAGAACAUUGGAUUUUCUGGAUUGGACCUCUUGUAGGUGGUAUCAUAGCAUCGCUGAUCUAUAAUUACAUCCUUUGCCCCCAACAACAGAGUUUUGCAGAGAAAUUAGCAAUUCUCUUGGGGAGAAUGCCUACAGAGGAAGAAGAAGAAGAAGAAUGGGAAGAAAGACAAGAACAGCCUAGGAGGAAAUCCAUGGAACUCCAAACUUUAUAA